AUGCCAUUCUCGGCCAAGGGAAACUUUCAGGACGGAAAGGUGGAUCAAAGCAGUUUGAUCGUCAGUCACGACAGUGACGAUGAGCCUGUUGAUUACGGAGGUAGAGAUAGAGUCGGAGAUGGCAAGUCUAAGGCCAUAGACGGAGGCACUAAGACUCUGAUGCAAUUCGUCCGCGACGAGUUGUCCUCAGUUAGAGGCAAAUAA